AUGGAACAUUCAUGUGUUCAAUUAAACGAUUUACCUGAUGAAGUUCUUUUGAUUAUUUUCAAAAAAUUAAAUAAUGUCAAAGUACUCUAUUCCUUAAUGGGUAUCAAUAAACGAUUAGAUAAAAUUUUACAUGAUUCUAUUUUUACUACUAAUUUAACAUUAUUGAAAUAUUUAUCAUAUGAUUCUAUUUAUUCAUUAUCUAAUUCAAUGCUUGAUCGAUAUUGUAUGGAAAUCUUACCUAAAAUUAAUAAUAAAAUCAAAUGCCUUGAUCUUGAAUCAUCAUCUAUGGAACAUAUUCUUCUUUCUGCAAAUUAUCCUAAUUUAUUUGGACUUGGUAUAUAUAAUAUUGAAAAGGAAACUACAUUGCGUCUUUUUACAGUUAUACCACUUUUGCAUCGCAUGUCGAAUUUAGAACAACUCAAUUUAUAUUUUAAUUGUUCUCGUAAAAAAACAUUUGUUGAUGGAAAUGAUUUGAAAACAAAUAUUUUAAAUCGUUUACCACAAUUAAAGUCAUUUGAAUUUAAUAUUCGCUCAUCAAUUGAUUCUAUUAAUCAAAUUGAUUUACCAACAAAUGAAUAUAUUCAACAUACAUUCAGAGAAUUUAAACAUAAAAAAAUUAUUUCUUAUGUUGAUUAUUUUCAAGAUUCAAACAGUGGUGAAUGUUAUGUCUGUUCAUAUCCAUUUACGAUGACGUGUUAUGAACGUAUUACAAAUAAUUUUUCAGGUGAAUUAUUUAAAUCUGUUUCUGAAGUAUCAUUAUUUGAUGAAAGUUCUUUUGAACAUGAAUUUUUUCUUCAAAUUGCUCAAUCUUUUCCAUUUAUGAGAAAACUAACUGUAAUUAAUAUGAAACCACAAAAUGAUAAACAAUGUAGAAAAUUAAAAAAUAACAACAACAACAAUUUAUUAGUUAUUGAAUAUUCUCAUCUUACUUAUCUUAAUCUUGAUCAAGCUCAUGAUGAUUAUGUGGAACAAUUUCUACUUGAUACCAAAAUGUCUUUACCAAUUAAUGUUGAACUUCAUACCAUGUAUAAAUCUUUAAAAACAGUAACACACAACUUUAAAAGAAAUGCAACACAAAUUAAUUGUUCAAAAGUGAAUUAUAUAUGUACAGAUCGUAUUUCUCGAUUUCCAAAACAUAUGAAAGACUAUUUUCAUCGUGUAUAUAUGACUAGAUUUUCAUGA